UUCUACUACGCUUCUCAUCUUUAACCACUUGUUUGUUGAUUGUUUUGAGUUUGUUUAUUUUUCAAUAAGAAUCUGUGUGCAUUAGACAACAAGGUCUUGAACUAACAGGAAUAGGAAAUUGUGUGUUUGAAAGGUUUUUCAUCUGAGAACUCCUUUGCUGCGGUAUCGUUUAAAAGAAAUUUUGGUACACCCCAUCCAAUUGGUCUUUGUCUCCUGCUGCAACGAUGGGACAAGACUACUGCAAAAAGAGCAACGGUAUAACGAAUAAUGUCUGGAACGGGAUAAAGAGCCGGAUUCAAAGUCAUACGCUGGAGGGACUGGAGUUGGAUGAGAUUCACAUGCUGCAGCAGAAGAGAAUUUAUGAGUGUCCCCUACUUCUUGCUGCAAAAGAGAAUGAUGUUGGCGCUAUUAAGAAGCUUUUGGAAUGUCCUUCUACUGACCUAUACAUCCGAGGUGCAGUGGGAGAGACUGCCUUGCAUGUGGCUGCAUUAUAUGAUAACCUGGAGGCUGCAGAGAUAUUAAUUGAAGAAGCACCUGAUCUUAUUAAUCAAGCAAUGACCUCUGAUCUCUAUGAAGGGCAGGUUGCUCUGCACAUUGCUGCCGUCAAUCAGAACAUGAAUUUAGUAAAGAUGCUCAUUGAUAGUGGCGCUGAUGUCUGCUCUCCUCGAGCCACAGGAAGUUUUUUUGUCCACAGUGAAGAGAAUCUCUUUUACUAUGGGGAGCACAUUUUGACCUUUGCUGCUUGUGUUGGAAAUGAGGGAAUAGUCCGACUUCUUAUAGACAGCGGUGCUGACAUAGGAGUUCAGGAUUAUUAUGGCAACACUGUUCUACACAUCUUGGCCCUUCAGCCUAAUCAAACCUUUUCCUGCCAGAUGUUUGACCUGAUGUUAUCCUAUGACCAAGGAGAGGGGGAUGAGAGUCUUCAGAUGGUUCAAAAUAACAUGGGGAUCACUGCUUUCAAACUUGCUGCUUCUGAAGGAAACACUGUGAUGUUUCAACACAUGAUAAUGAAACGUAAAAAGAUCCAGUGGACGUUUGGCCCUAUUAAUUCUACAUUGUAUGACCUGUCAGGAAUUGAUUCAUGGGGAGAAGAUCAGUCUGUAUUAGAGCUGGUGGUGUCUUCCAAGAAAAGAGCAGCUCGGCAAAUUCUAGAUCUCACUCCUGUGAAGGAACUUGUUAGCCUGAAGUGGAGGGGCUGUGGGCGUCCCUACUUUUGGUUUUUGGCAGCUCUCUACGUCCUAUACAUAAUCUGUGUGACUAUGUGUUGUGUUUACAGACCUCUAAAACCUAUUCCUAAAAAAUUAAAUAAUACACGUGAUAUUACGAUCUUCAUGCAAAGACCCAUUCACGAGGCCUACAUGACCAGUGAAGAUGAUCUGCGACUGGUUGGCGAACUAAUUAGUGUGAUGGGAGCUCUCUUCAUAUUGCUUCUAUUGAUUCCAGACCUCCUACGAGUUGGUGCCACCAGAUAUUUUGGGCAGACGGUUCUUGGAGGACCUUUUCAUAUAAUUAUAAUCGUCUUUGCAUGCAUGGUGAUGUCAGUAUUGGUUAUGAGAGUGACGAGCAGCGAUGGAGAAGUUGUCCCAAUGUCUAUCGCUCUUGUGUUGGGCUGGUGCUAUGUCAUGUAUUUUACAAGGGGAUUCCAGAUGCUUGGACCCUUUACAAUCAUGAUCCAGAAGAUGAUCUUUGGCGAUCUCCUACGUUUUUGCUGGCUUAUGGCAGUGGUUAUACUUGGUUUUGGAGCAGCAUUCUUUGUGAUCUUCCAGAUGUCAGACUCCUCUCAGCUCGGCCAGUUCAUGACUUACCCCAUGUCCAUAUUCAGCACUUUUGAGCUCUUCCUCACACUCAUUGAUGGACCUGCCAACUAUGACGUGAACUUGCCGCUGAUGUUUAGCUUCAUGUAUUCAGCAUUCGCAAUCAUUGCAGCACUUCUAAUGCUCAACCUUCUCAUUGCUAUGAUGGGAGACACUCACUGGCGGGUUUCACAUGAACAGGAUGAGUUGUGGAGGGCACAGAUUGUAGCCACAACUAUAAUGCUAGAAAGAAAAAUGCCCAAAACUCUUUGGCCACGUUUAGGAGUUUGUGGAAAAGAAUAUGGGCUAGGAGAUCGCUGGUUUCUACGAGUUGAAGAACGCAAGGACUUGGACAAGCGAAAGAUUAAAAAAUAUGUAAAUGCAUUCCACACCUCAGAUGAUGAUUGUGGAGAUGGACAGUCAAUGAAGUCUGAAUAUACUGAAAACAAACCUCAUCAUCCCCACACUGAGAAGCCACCAUCAAAUAUAACACCUCCUUUAGUUAGAAGAGUAUCCAGAAGCCGAUCGAAUAGUGGGUGGAACAUACUUCGAAAAGUCUCCAUUAACCAACUUCAGGGGAAAAUCAAUUAUGCUCUAGAUAUUGACGAAAAAGUAUAUGAUGUGUGAAUUAAUGGUCUUAUAGCUGCUACUGAUGCCAUCUCAAUGGUCAUGUUAUGAGUGAUAAGCCACUUAGA